AUGGCGGAUCUCAAAUUGCCAAUUGAGGGCUCAUUCUCGUGUAUUGAGUUGUCCAGUCAUACAGUUUGCGGAUUACUUGUGGACCGCCAAACACGGUGUGUUCAUUAUCAUUCCCCACUUGAUAUCGUGGCCCUUAAGUUCAAGUGCUGCAAGACGUUCUACCCAUGUCAUCAGUGCCAUCCAUUGUCACACAUGGUCCGGCGGUACAAUAAUAAAGAUUUAGAACAUGAGACGGUGGUGCUUUGUGGUCAAUGCCACCGAGGGUUGAAGUUUAAUGAGUACGCUAAUGGUGAGUACCGAUGUAAGUAUUGCGAUUGUGAUUUCAACCCUAAGUGUGAAGGUCAUCAUAAAUUGUAUUUUGAUUUAUGA